GUGUCGACGGUGUGUGUGGUGUGCUGCUGUAGCCCCAUAGGGAGUGAGUGAAGAGAACGAACCAUUCGCUGGUGCCCGUCGUCAUCAGAAGCAAAGUUUGUGCGUAUUCUACAAUCGUGUCGGAAAUAGCUGGUGAACGUUAUGUCGUAAUCUAUUUCUGCUGAAGACAACGGAUAAAACCAUAAUUGUGAUGUCGUUGUCGCUGGCGCCGAUGUCGUUGAUUCGUUGCAAAGAUACCCGUCCCCAUCGAAGGUGGAUCUAUUGCUGCUAGGGAAUAUCCUUGUUGACGACGAGACCAGCACUGUGUCCACAUGUCGGCAAGCACAGCGUCAACGCCUUCGAAUGGCGGAUUAGGCGGAGGAGAUGGAAUCGGCACCUCGAUCCACAGGAGAUCCGCAAGUGAGAGGGAUCUCGUCGACGAAGACAGAUCGGGACGUCGGCAGAACUCCCCACGGGACAGAGGCAUAUUCACCUUACCCAGAUUUCCCCGGAUAAAAAGCAGCAACGGACGAUCCGUCAAAUAUACGUCGUUGGAGAACAGCACGUCGCCCGUUCAUCAGUCGCCGAAUUCCGCCCGAGCUUCUAGGAGCACGGAGAGGAAAUCCUUCCUCAGCUCAAUCGUCAGAUCCUUUUCUGUCAAGCGAACAGCAAAGAAGAACAUCAGUCUGAGUCACACCGAUCUCAGCCGGGCUCGCAACGAUGAAGCCUGCGACUACGAUAAGCCCAUCGAUGAAAACCCACCAGUGGGACUCAUCGGAAUGAAGAACCACGGAAACACGUGCUAUCUCAACUCAAUUGUGCAGUGCCUUUCAAACACAGACACGUUCGCCGAGUACUUUGUCUUGAACCGUUAUCAAGUGGAUUUGCUUUACUCGAAAAAAUCGAAUCGCAAAAAGUACGGGACCAAGGGAGAGGUCACCGAGCAGCUAGCUCUUCUUAUCAAAAGUCUAUGGAGCAGUACAAUGUAUCCUGAUAUCAGUGCAAAAUUUAAAACACUCGUCGGCAAGUACGGACCGCAGUACCAAGGAUCAGAACAGCACGACGCUCAGGAAUUUCUGAUUUGGCUCUUGGACAAAGUGCACGAAGACCUGAACAGAGCCAACAAGACGAAGUAUAAGAAGCUCGAUAGCAAAGGUACCUUCGGCAAACCGGACGAAUUCCUGGCGAAACGAGCUCUCGAAAGCCAUGUGCGAUGCAAUGUGUCGUUCGUCCAGAGACUAUUCCAAGGACAAUUCAAAUUGACCUUAACCUGUCCACUCUGUCGGAAGGAAUGCAAAACGUUCGACCCAUACGUUUGCCUCAGCUUGCCGAUUCCGCAGAAGCUCAAGAAACUCGUGCCGGUUCAUCUAGUCGGAUUGACGGGAGAGAACCGUCAGAUCGAGUUUGCGGUCGAGUUAUUCGACGAUUCCACGAUACGAGACCUUCGAGAAAAAGUUUCUGAAAAGUGUAGGAUACCGCCGAAGCACUUGCUGUUCCUACAAAUGCUCCCGGAUACCGAAGGAGGAUUCGGGAGCGUUUACGCCGAUACCGACUCCAUAAAUUCGCUCUUGGAAGACCUCAAGACGAGAGGCAACUCGAAGUUUGUCACAUGCCUGGAAACACCGAAACCAAAGAAGACCAACGAGCACGGCGAACAUAUCAUGAUCAUUUGGCACAACCGAACUCCAGUCGAGGGUCUCUUCGGAGAACCGUACGUUAUCCAAGUUCGUCGAGAUAUCGGUUUCAAAGAUUUGAGAUUGUUGAUGCUCGAUACGAUGUCGGAUCUUUUCUGCGAGGAGGCCAACGAGGUCGACGGCUUCAAUGAAAGGCCUAUUGUACCUGAAUUCCCGUCUCAAAGUUUCUCCAUCCUCUGCGCGGAUAUGUUGCCCGAGAGGAAUGAGAUUCGCGCGAGCGAUGAUCUACCUCUCUAUACGGAUCCCGUAGAGCAUAUAACGGCUGUGAGCAAAGUACAGUAUCCGUCGAUCGCGAAGCACCUCCGCCUUCUCGUCGAGUGGCGGGACGAGUUGAUCGUCUCCAAGGUGCUCGAACCCCCGGGUCCCCUCCGUGACGAGAGCCUUGGAGGUCUCGAUGAGCUUGACGGUGAAACAACCGUGCCCGUGGACCUCAACGAUUGCCUCAACGCCUAUUUCAGCGAGGAAUUGCUGGAGGCCGAAGAGGCCUGGCUCUGUCCGACAUGCGAGCGCCGGCAACAGGUCCUGUCCAAGCUGGACUUAUGGACAAGCCCAGAUAUUUUGGUUAUCCAUCUGAAGCGCUUCAAGCAAGUGAAUCAGGAGAGAUCGAAAAUUUACUUCCUGGUCGACUUUCCAACGUCAGGCCUCGAUCUAUCUCGAUUCACGGCUCAGCGUGGUGAAAGUCCUGAUCUCUCAAGAGAACGCGAGAAGGACACCGUGUCAACGUGGUCGCCGUGGAAUAAUUCGUCACAGAGGUCUCCGUUGAGAAACGUCGAUCCUCGAAAUCCGAACAACCUCGUAUACGAUCUCUAUGCCGUCUGCAAUCACCACGGUACAAUGCAAGGCGGUCACUACACUGCUUUUUGCAAGAAUCCCGUGAACGGUUUGUGGUACCACUAUGAUGAUGCCUCCGUGACCACAGUAACGGACGAAAGUUAUUUGAUCACCAAAGAUGCUUACAUACUUUUCUACCAACGAAACACCCUCAACGUUUCUCAAUCCUGUUCCUCGUCCAGUUCUGGAUACAGCUCGAGCUCAAAUGAGGUUUCCAGACAUUGGUCCAUCCACAAAGAGCCUUUCCUCUACUCUAAUUCACCCAGUCGCAGCUUCGAUAAUUUGUACAGCGAAGACCGUCAAGCUCACACGCCCCAGCCUCGCCGGCGGUUGCGGAAUACCAAGAGAUUCGCAACGAUCACCAGCGCCGAUCGAAAAAGGGUCAAUGAACAAAGCGAGCGACAGAAGGACCUGUUCUCCGACCUUGACAAGCACGUGCUCGGACCCGCGACCUACUGUACGGUGACGUCCGUUUGAGGGAAUGAGGAGGCGUUCGACCUUUAGGAAAAUCGACUGUAUAUAACUCAACACGGAAGUGAAGUGUACACAAUCCUUUUCCUGGAGAUUCUUCCAGGAUUCGGGAACGAACAUCCGGAAGCAUAUGAUACGAAAAUGAUGUAUCACGUAAAAAUGACUAUUCUACGACUAUGAGCUCGAUGCUCGAGUACUGUUACCGUUGUUAUGCGAGAACAGCCUUCGCGUGAGAAUCGAGAGACCGGUUUUCGGACUAAUGUAAAUCGUUUUUCUCCGCGAUUGCUGCUCAGUCAGUUUGUAUUAGAGGAGAAGCGUUAAUAUACCCCGUAUUCGAUGUACCUUUAUUUCACAAUGGCGGCGACCGUGCUCCCAUCGUUGUUAAGUAUACUCAAGUUGUUAGUUCACUUGUUCGAGGGUGGAUCUUAUUCGAACCGAUGAUGAUUACAGCGUUGCGGAAGCUGCCGAAGCGACUGGUGUUCUCUUCGCGAAGAAUUCAUCGGCCUGUGAAUAUCGGUCGGGAUCGACGUGUACAAGUACCAAAUGGAUUAAAAAAAAAGAAGCGUGAUCUGCACUGUGAAUAAGUCUGUGAUAGGGCAAGGUUUUGUCCUCAGGGAUUGAGGUGAUGGCAGAUACCUUCGUGGAUCCGCGAUCUUAUAAUUGCGUUUGCUUCUAGAAAAUGUCCCUACAGCGCGGCGCCGCGGACUUGCGGUGAUCGAAUUCUGUAUCUUCCUCUUAUCUGUUUUAGAUGCAGAUUCUAUGUGGGUGCUAGAGAAGUGUUCCGAUGUUGUCGGUUCAAGAAACGGAAUCGGAUGUUCCUCGAAAACUAAAUAAAACCUCAAAUCAACAUCUUGAGAAAUAGAG